AUGACUGGAAGACUUUUGUCCCGCUUAGUCAGAGUGGCCAAAGCGGGCCCUACACCGCAAGAGUUCCUGUCCGGCGCCCGCCGGGACUGGAGGAGUUUCAGAUCCUGCAGGGUCAAGAUUGGACAGCACGCUAUUAUCCCACUGCAAAAGGCGAGGGCGUGGAGGGCCCUGGGAACUUGCACGGACGAAACUUUCGGAUCACCGCGCUACCUUCAGACUGCAUGCAGCUGGAGAUCUCAUGGGACUUGUUGGGACGCCAGGUUACCUGGAAGUUCCUCAACGCCGCAGAGAAGGAGAUAG